AAAAAUUCCAUGUGCAAGUGCAACGGUGAUAAGCGUAUUCUAGACAAAGACACGCGUAUCAACCUAACACUCGUCAUCCUCAGAGUCCCUAUAUAAACCCCUUCGUAUACCUCUCUUCAUUAUUCUUCAAAGCUUCCAUUAAAACCUAUUAAGAGAAAUAUAUAGAUAGAGAUAUAUAUGGACGGUAGUGGAGGCUGUUGCAUAGCCAGAUAUGGCGUUUACGGUGGUCGUUAUGGUCUCUCCAAAGCUGAUCGAAUCAUGCUUCGAUUCCGUCCCAUUGCUCCUAAACCAGCCAGCGACGGCGGCGGAAGUGUCUCUCCCGUCACCGGAAAGUACGGCUCCCCCACAACUACAAGCGGUGGAAGCUCCGAUGUUUCCGGUAAAUCUGGGAGAGGAAAGAGGAAGUACCAGAGAGAUAGUUCCGGCGGUAACUCCCGAAGGUGCAAUAAGAAGAAGAGAGAUCUCAGUGGAGAUGCUGCUACUACCACGGCGGUUACAUUGUCUCUUUUACCAGAGACGCCUGAUAAAGCAGUUUUUCCAGAUCUGAAUGCUUUUCCGGUAGAGAAACAGAAGCGAAACGGUCCUUUAUGGCUGAGUUUCAACGGCGGUAGUGAGAUGUUAACGCCGUACAAUUCGGCGGAGAUAUGUCGAAGGACGGUGGUUGUUUCGUCGUGUGUGACGGUUGAACGUGUGACUGACGCAUGGAUCGACGGUUAUGGAUUAGGGAAGACAAAUGAGGAGAGGAAGAUGAAUCUUGUGAAAGACACGUGUCCUGGUUUUAUAUCGGACGGUGCAGGGAGAGUCACGUGGACCAAUGAGGCGUAUAAGAAGAUGGCUAGAGAAGAUAUUAAUAUUCCGAUGGAGGAAGGUGUACCGGAGGAGAUGAAUUACGAUAAUUUUCACGUGAUCGUACGGUUAGUGAUGAAGGAGAGGCCGAUGCUAACGUACCCAGCUUUUACAUGCAGAGUGAGAUUACAGUACACGUGUCAAGAUCGAGAAAGAGGUUCCGUCACGGUGCCUUGUGACGUGUGGAGAAUGGACGGCGGUGGUUUUGCGUGGAGACUUGACGUUAAGGCAGCUUUGUGCUUGUGACGUUCUUUCGAUCGCCGCCGUUGGAUUCACAAUGGUGAAAAUUAUGAACGGUCCCGAUCGUAUCACACAUGGUCUUCGCAGAACUAAUAAUAGCAAAUGAUGAACUAUGGUUUUUUAAUUUUCACCUUGAACAUAUAUUCUGUGUUUUUUUUAGUUUGCUUUGUCUUUCUUGAGUUAUGAAAUGCUAAAUUACUCUAUCUGAAAUUUGAGCAUUUUUCUUUUGGUUAAAACUUGCAAGAAAGUUGUAAAUAUGUAUGAUGUAUCCCUUUUCUUUUCAUCAAAAUUUUAUUUUUCAC